AUGAAAUCCAUGGAAAGUCCCAAACUCACCGUCGACAUCAGUCGACGAACUCAUUCUGCUACAUGUAAGACACCACGAAGAAGCAUCACGGACUGGUCCCACGGUGGGAUGAAUUGGCAGCAGAUAUGCAAGUCCUAUCAAAGGAAGCGAACAACUAUUACCAUGGCGUGGUGGAUAUGGGGAGGUAGUGUAUUCGUCCUCUCUUUCAAUGGCAUUCGCUUCUCAAUAUCGGACCUUACCCCACCAACGGCCAGAAUACUGCCCACACUCUUCCAGGAUCGUGCGUCCAUAUCCUUAUACGACGCCCAGCAUGAGAAUGGAAGCAUUCAAAGACGCCCAAUCUCGAAAAAAGUACAAAUGGAUGUUGUAGCAUCUCUUCUGCGAUUCAAGCAAACAUGCAUUGACUUUGGAGUCCCGCAAUCGAACAUUCAUAUAAUAGCUACGGAGGCCACUCGGACUGCGCCAAAUUCAGAGGAGUUUAGAGAUUCAGUGACAAAGGCCACGGGCUGGACAAUCCAAAUGCUUUCACCAGAAGAGGAAGGUAGGGUCGGAUCUCUCGGUAUAGCAAGCAGUCUUGGGGUAGUAGAGGGUCUCGUAAUGGAUCUGGGAGGGGGAAGUGUUCAGAUUACAUGGGUGUCACGAAAAGCGGAAGCGAAGCGUGGCUUCAGUUUUCCAUACGGUGCAGCAGCAUUGAUGCAGAAGUUAGAAGAGGCUAAGAAAAUCGGAAACGAGGCAUUGGAGAAGUUGGCGGAGGAAAUAACAUCUAAUUUUCGGCAGGCAUACAACAACCUCGACAUUCCAGAAGAUAUGAAGGAAGAUGCAAAGAAAAACGGUGGCUUUGAUCUCUACCUUAGCGGAGGCGGGUUUAGGGGCUGGGGCUACAUGCUCAUGAGCCAGUCAGAAAUAUCCCCAUACCCAAUCCAGAUCAUCAACGGCUUCAAGGUUUCUUUCUCGUCGUUCAAACAGACUGCCCCAACGGAGAUUCUGGCGGCUACGGAAGAGGUAGUGAAGAUAUUCCGCGUGUCAGACCGACGAAGAGCACAAGCCCCUGCAGUCGCGUUCCUCAUCCAUGCACUCACCCUCGCCCUCCCGAAAAUCAAAGAUGUCCGGUUCUGCCAAGGGGGGGUGCGGGAGGGCUUCCUGUUCGGCAAGCUGCCCAUGGAAACCCGCCUUCAGGAUCCCUUGGUCACGGCGACGUUGCCAUAUAAAACAGGAUCCGCGUCGCAGAUCGGCGAACUUAUUUUCCGCGCCCUACCAAAGUCCUCAACAAUCUCAGUGUUAAAGGAAUUCACCCCUCCGGCCCUUUUUAACUCCCAAUUCAUCUCCGCUGUUGCAAACAUCAUGCACACGCAAUCAUCCGCGACCAAAGAAACUCGCUCCUCCGCCGCCCUCCACUCCACCGCAACUGGCCUCCUCUGUUAUACGCACGGCUUAUCCCACGAGCGUCGCGCCGCCCUCGCGCUUGUCCUCUAUGACAGCUGUGCCGGCGACCUCCCCUCUCAACACGAAUCAUUCCUCGCUCGUCUACGCCUCAUCCUCUCUAUUGAAGAGGCGUGGUGGUGUCGGUAUAUUGGACGCGUGACGGCGUUUGUCGGCGGUAUCUAUCCAGCCGGUUUAAUUCCCCCUCAGGGCCCGCGGAUUGAUCUUGAAGUGCGCUGCGUGGAUACUGGGCUUGGUAAGAAAGGAAAACUUCCUGGGAUUGAGUUGACCAUUAAAAUUCCUCAGAGGGGCGGUGGGCCCGGGAGUAGUAAUGGGGUUACUGAGGGUGCAUUUACGGAUGAGAACUUUUUAGCCGCGGGGGUCAGGCGGAUUGAGAAGAUUGGAAAAAGGAAGCACUGGCUUGAGAGGGGAAAGGGGCAGGAGCGCUUUGGUAUUAAAGUUGGGGUGAAGAUUGUGGAGGGCUUGUGA